AUGGGACUCGAGAGCACGGCAACUCCGCGCGCCUCCCGGUCGAUUUCUCCGCUCUUUCGGGGUCGGAAAAUUUUCCUCCUGGGUUUUGACGACGACAGCGUGUACGAAGACGCUGCACUCGCCCUCGCCGCUCAGGCCUGGGACCGCCCCUCUCGCUUCUCUACCUCGCCUCUGGGCGAUGGCGGCACGGGGGCGGCGCGGCCUUCCGGCGUCUGUGGGGCGAACGCCGUGGAGGGACCUGCCUGUCUCCGCCGGAGAGACAGGGCGCAGCACGAGCUUGGCGCGCUCCGACAGGUGGUUGCGGAAGGCGCCGCCGCUGCGGUGUUUGCCAGUCUCGCGUCUGUGCGAGACAGGCGAGACACUGGAGACAGCGGAGACACAGGGGACAGUGGAGACAGGAUCCCACGCUGCGGAGGAGGCGAGGAAGUUGAGGCAGGAGACGGGAGAAGCGCAGAGCUGGAGAGUCUCGCGCGCGCGGCGGCGACACUCCGAGAAACAAUGGAACUCGUCAUUCAACAGCACGCCGGCAGGGUCGUGUCUCGUGGGUGGUCUCGCCGUUCGUCAGCCCCCGGCGACAGGCGAAAGCGGCGAGGCGAGAACGACUGGACACAAGACGAGAUGGAGGAACGUUUUGGGGUCGGUGCGGGGCCAGAGGACCGCAACGCGGCUGCUCUCUGUGACGCCGAAAGGACGCUGAAAGAUCUCGUGGCCGCCGACUUCGUGAUUUGUAACUACGGCGCUGCCUUCAGAGCGUUGCGUCGCCUCGUGAAAAGCCUGGAAAGAGGGGCGAGAGACAGCCAGAGGGGAACUGAGCGCAAAGCAGGGAGCGAGGCGGGCGCCGACGGGGAUCUAACUCCAGAGCACGGCGGUUGGAGCAGACUCGGAGACAUUGGAGAGGCCGCCGCAGCUGCGCUCUCGGGGAUGCCGUCUCCGUUCUUCCCCCUCCCUCUCCCUUCGCUGUUCCUCGAUCGACGCCGCCUGCUCUCCCCCCUCUGGCUGUUCUGCUGUGUCGUCGACUCCUUCCUUUACCACCCUUUCUACUCUCCUUUCUUCGCGGUCUCCGCGUCGUUCCAUUCCGCAUUGCCUCCCCUCGCCUCGCCACUGACCCUGGAAAACACGGCAAUCCCACAUCCACCUCUCGCGUUUUCUUCCUCUUCUUCCUCUUCUUCUUCCUCUUCCUCUUCUUCCUCUUCCUCUUCUUCCUCUUCUUCAUUUUUUCGACUGCCGUUCUUUGCGAGCUUGGCCGGAAGCGGGGCAACGGAGGAGGCGAGCAAUGGAUGCGUGCGGAUUUUUUUGUUGGGGACGGCGCGGCGGAAGCGACGCGUUCGCAUCGGGCCUGGGCAGGCCGGGCGACGAUCCGCGAGGGGAGAAGAGAGAGACUGCGAGCGAGAUCGCGAGGGCGAACGUGAGGACGACGGGGAAACGUCUUUCAGCGAGGAAGAGAACGGAGAGGGCGACGACUGGCUGGAGCGCUUGGGGCUCCUGGACCGGAGAGACUUGGAAGCAGAAGAAAGCGUGGAGACAAGGCAGCGCGAAUCGAGAGAAGGGAAACGGCCAGAGAAGGGGACGAGCGCUGGGAAGCGAGAGGUGCGGGCGCAAACCGACUUCGACUUGCUCUGUCUAGCGGUGAGCUGCUGCGGAGCGCAAGUGGCAACCAGGCGCGAAGUCGAAGGUGUAGGAGCGCGGAGGCAGGAGGGCGGAAACCGAGCGCAAGACUCGUAUGCUGAGUUCGCGGGAGCGAACCCUUGCGCGGAAGCCGCGAGAGAGCAGCAAAGCAAAAGACAAGAGAGGCGAUGCAAUUUCCUCGCCGGGCUCGAAAUGCUGCGAGCGAACGCUGUCCCCUUCCUCUCGAUUCAGUGGAUCGUCGACAUGUACCAGUCUGGGGUCGUUCCUCCGCAAGGCCCGUACCUGCUUCAGAUCCCUCCUUUCCCUUCCCUGGCACCAUCUCUUUCGUCCCUGAACGCGGGAGAGAAGUCUAUCAGUCACGCCCACGCCGAUUCUCUCUCUUCGUCCCUCGCUUCUUCGCUCCCUUCCUCUCUCUCUUCUGUGCGAGCGGAGAGCACUGGAGCGCGAGGGGGACGGGAGAGUCUCAGCGGCUUCGCCGUUUUCCUCUCCGUCUUUGUGGCUCUUAAGAGGCCUUCGCUGAUCGAGACUUGCAGGGAGCAAGGCUGUUUCUCUGUCUGUGUCGUUCCGCCCCUCUUGCCGCUCUGCGCCUCCCUCGUCCUCGACCUGGCCGACCUGCAGGGGCUCUUCGACGCUCCAGCCUGGAGUGAGAGCGUCGCCGCGUCGUCGCACCUUUUGUCUCAGCCGCUUUCGUGUCCCUCCGCGCCGCCAUUCUCCGCCUCGUCGCGUUGCGAAGAGAGCCAAGAGAGCGACACCGGUCCUGCAUGCGCCCAGCGAGGGAAGGGGCGACGCGCGGAAGCUGCUCAGCGGGAGACGAGGCGAGGCAGGCGCGAACGGCGGGCGGGCGAGGAGAUAGAGCGGACGGAGAGGGGUGAGAAAACGACGAAGGCACAGGCCGACACCGAUCCCAAAAGCGAACUUGACCAGCGCUGCCACGAGUUGCUUCAAGGGACAGAACGUUUCUUCCACAAGGACGAUCUCCACAGUGUCUUGCGGGCCAUGGCGGCACCGUGCGAGCACGCGCAGACCCUACUUGUUGUGAGCGAGGAGGAGCUCGAGGCAGGUCUAGCUGGCUACCUCGCACACACUCUCGAGUGUUUCUACACCCACCGCCUGUCUGUCGCACCAAAAAAAAACAGCGCCGAGACUCCGAGAGAACGAGGUCGCCUGCCCCCCCUCUCCGGGCCUGCAGACGCCCCCCUCUUGCGCGUGAAGCGAGAACCCACCGAAAACCACGCUGCGUCUCGCUUUGCUCCCUGGGCAGUCGUCGAGCCCGCGCUUCUGGUCGACUUGGCAGUUUCGCCAGCGACGCGCCGCCGCAUCGGAGUCGUGGACUCGCGAGUGGACAGACAAAGAGAGCGAGGAGGGAGAGAAGAGAAAGAACAGGAAGAAGAAGAGAGAGAAGAAAGAGAAGAAGAGAGAGAAGAGAGGGUUCUGCAGAUGGCGACGCCAGAGUGGCUUCAAAGUUGCUGGAGACGACCGAGAGGGGCGCCGAGGGAACAUUUCACUCUUCAGAGUUUCUUUCCCCACCACUUGCUCGACGGGUUUGUCGAAGACCUGCUGCCCGAGGACCGUCAGACACAUUCCUUUCAUCCGACAGAGGGCGAAGAGGAGACCGAGCAGCGGCGCCUCCUUGCAGCUCUCGAGGCGGAUGUCGUCAUCAUGGCGCGAGGCGACUCGCAAGACAGGCGAAUGCAGAGGAGAAAGCUCCUCCAGGAAAACCAAGAAAGAAGAAGGCAGGAGGCCCUGCGGUGCCACGAGUUGUACUUGGAAGCUGGGCGGCAGUGGACAGAGCGGCUGCAAGGAUCCAAGAGGAGAGAAGGGUGA